AUACAACGUGUAAUGAUGACAGAUUUUUUUUUCUCUCACCGCGUAAUUACAGUAAUCUUGCAGUUUAAUUACAUAUUUGCCAUUCCCAGCUGCGGGAAAUUGCAAUGGUGCGUUAACGUUCGCUUUUUCUUCUGGCUUGGGGAGCAAGCAGGAAGUCCGAUUUAUUACCAUUCUGCCACUGCAACUCAGAUUCCGAAGCAGCCAAUGAGUGCACAUUCUUCGGCAGAAUUCAGGUUUGGGUCCUGCUUCGGUCAACCUCGGGCCCCACAUGUCCCCACUGACAUUGCGUUCUCAUUCUUUCUCCGAACCUCAGGUUCAGUCUUCGAGCCUCUCAUACCUCUCCCGAAGCUGAGUUUUCCCGCUCUUUCACACACUCUCUCUCUCUCUCUCCUCACUUUGAUCACUUGCUUAGCCAGGUGUAGAAAAGGCCAAGCAAAGCUCUCUUUAAAGGAAAGCUUAAGGCGUACUCUCUCUUCUCCUCUGUAUCUCUCGAGUCUCUUCUGCUUCUGGGUCAUGGCGAGGUAAGCUUUAAUUUGAUGAUAAAACCACAAAGCACUCACCUUUCCUCGUUUUUUUCUAUAAUGGGUAAAAUUUUGUUUAGAGCUUUUUGACUGAGGUUUUGGUUGUAAUGAUUUGGUUUAGAGAAAAAGGGUUGAUGCGUUUUGGGAAGAAAGAAAACUCAAAAGAAGAAAGAGAGAGAAAGCUUUUUCCUUUCAAUCAAUCACAACAUUACGCGGAGAAGCCUUUAUUUAUUGAUCUUUGAACCCAGCCCCCACUUCUCAUCUACCGUUUACCUCUCCUCUCCCCUCCUCCAUUAAUUCCUGCUUCAUCUAAUCCACUACACGGUGUUUUCUCUGCUCAUUUUCUCAUACAAAUUCAUCAGCUUUUUGUUUUCACUAUGUCAGCGCUCUUUGCUCUCUUUGGGCUAUAAUUGACAUUUUACAUUUUAAUGAAUCAAUCAUCCGAAG